GCAUCCCUCCCUCGACACGUGCCAUUUCCAUCGAAGGGGACGCCUCCUGACUCCUGAGUCGAUUCACACUUUUUGCCACCUCCAGACGCUAAAAUGGUUUCCGAGUUCAGACUAUAAGUCUAGGGUUAGGGUUUCUGCUAUCGACGAACCGAUUACUUUUUUUCUCGCCAUUACUUUUUUUCUCGCCCGAAAGUACUGCCAAUGGAGCUCUACUUCAGCGGAUCUCAGAGAGCUGCUAUUGCUGGGCUAUUCAUGGUCCUUUUGCCAGUUUUCCUGCCCAAUCUGUUCCGCCCGCUGGGCCGUGCCUCGCCUUCCAUGUUCUCCGAGUGGAAUGCUCCAAAACCUAGGCACUUGGAUCUACUAGAGGGCGCUUUAAUAGGCCAAACUGUGAUUCGACAACAGAAUAAACUUUGGUCUCCCUUGCCCAACCAAGGAUGGAAGCCUUGUGCUGAGACUACAAAUGUACCAUCUGUGCCGGAAAAAACUCGAGGGUAUAUUCAGGUAUUUCUUGAUGGAGGAUUGAACCAGCAGAAAAUGGGGAUCUGUGAUGCAGUUGCUGUUGCUAAAAUCUUGAAUGCAACCCUAGUGAUUCCACAUCUUGAAGUGAAUCCUGUAUGGAAAGAUUCAAGUUCAUUCACAGAAAUAUUUGAUGUUGACCACUUUAUUGAUGUCUUGCGCGAUGAAGUUUCUAUAGUGAAAGAGUUGCCCAGUGAAUUAUCUUGGAGCACGAGGGAGUACUAUGCUACAGGCAUUCGAGCUACCAGAAUUAAGACAGCACCUGUUCAUGCUUCUGCUAACUGGUAUCUGGAUAAUGUCUUGCCCAUAUUGCAGAGUUAUGGAAUUGCUGCUAUCGCCCCAUUCUCUCACCGACUCACUUUUGACAACGUGCCCACAAGCAUUCAGAGACUACGUUGUAAAGUCAACUUUCAUGCACUAGCCUUUGUUCCUCAUAUCAGGGAAUUGGGAGACGCCCUUGUCAAUCGCCUCCUUAACAAAAACCAGGUUGCAUACCAACUGGAGGAACGAGAUCGAAUUGGAAAAGGGAAAGCCAGGAAAUUUGUUGUAUUACAUCUUCGUUUUGAUAAGGAUAUGGCUGCUCAUUCAGCUUGUGAUUUUGGUGGGGGUAAAGCUGAGAAACUGGCUCUUGCAAAAUACCGGCAGGUGCUUUGGCAAGGAAGGGUCCUGAACUCUCAGUUCACUGAUGAGAAGUUGCGAAAUCAGGGACGUUGCCCAUUGACUCCAGAAGAGAUUGGGUUGCUGCUGGCAGCUUUGGGCUUUGACAAUAAUACUCGGCUUUAUCUUGCUUCCCACAAGGUUUAUGGUGGAGAGGCAAGGAUCUCAACUUUGCGCCAAUUAUUUCCACUAAUGGAAGAUAAGAAGAGCCUUUCCUCGGUAGAGGAACGGACUAAAGUUGAAGGCAAGGCUUCUUUAUUAGCUGCAGUUGAUUAUUAUGUGAGCAUGCAGAGUGACAUUUUUAUUUCUGCUUCUCCGGGAAAUAUGCACAAUGCUUUGGUGGGACAUCGAGCUUACCUGAACAUGAAGAUAAUAAGACCAAACAUGGCACUGUUGGGCCAGCUCUUUCUGAAUAAAAGCAUGGAGUGGUCAGAGUUCCAACGAGCAGUUGUGGAAGGCCACAAAAGUAGACAAGGGCAGAUCAGGUUGAGAAAGGAGAAGCAAUCUAUAUAUACAUAUCCUGCUCCUGAUUGCAUGUGUCAACCUUAAUUGAAUCCAAAUUAACUUUUUGUACGUGAUAGCAAGCACUAUUAUUUGUCUCUGGCCUGUGUAUUAAAAAAUAUUGGUUGCAUCC